CACCACUCCUCGCGUCCACUAUUUUACCACACGCAGCUCAAUUUUACCCACUUGCCAGUGGCAAAAUUCGCGAAAUUUUCACAACGUCAACCACCACAACUGCCAAUAAGACGCCGCCAGGGAACCCACAGCCAGCCAGCAAGCGAGUGAGCAGUCAUGGCAGACCACGAGGAGUUUGGAGCAGCGGACCUGCCAACGACGCAGGGUGACCUCGACGCGUACAUGGCAGCGCGUGGAGGCUCCAUCCCAUCCGACCUCGCUCGCCAGUCCCUCUACGUGAAGUUUGAUCCCCUCGUCUCUGCAACCCCACCCCGUUCAUCGCAGCCUGGAUCUGAGACGCAGACGCCGAAACAGACCGCCAGUGAACCUGCGUCGAAGCUCUUGGAUUUGCAGACACCCGACUUUGCCCGCGCCCGCGCCCGCAUGCAGAGGGAGGUUGUGCCCAGUGGUGGCGGUAUGGAGCGCGAGGCAAUCGAGCACGAACUGCAACUCGGCUCGGGGUACAGCCAGCAGCAGUGGGACCUGCUCUCGGGCACACCCGACAAGCAAUCAGCAUCCUCCAACGCCACACCUACCCGCGGCAAUGUCGCUUCGCAGGGCGCGUCGUCGUCGUCGUCGUCGCCAUCACAAGGUGACAGUGGGCGAACACCGACACGGCAGCAGCCAGCAACACCGAGCGGGCAGUCGUUCACACCAUCGUCCUCACGCACUCCAGCAACGGCCACACCCACGACAACAACACACGCAACGUCGACAGGGCUCCCUCGCAGCGCUGUCGGUACACCACGCGCAGCGGACACGGUGAGCACACCAACGACAACCACAAAAGCCCCAUUGCCAACCACCACCGCCGUCGCCACCACAUCAUCGUCAUCGUCGUCAGCCACCACCCCCGCUGCGCGUGCGCUUGAAGAGACGAAGAAGCGGCUGUCGCAGCUCUCACGUGGCUCCUCCCCUCGCACGUCCCUUGGAGGCGGGUCAUCCACCACAACCACCACCACUCCUACCACGACCAGCGUCCCCGCCACGACCACGGCCACUCCUUCGUCUCCCAUAGCGACGAGUGGAACGCCGGCAAAGCCCCCGCCAUCUGCCAUGCGAUCCGCUUCCACACACGCGCCCCAGGCGUCAGCUCAGAAUGACGAGCUGCUGCAGCGAUACAAGGAGGAUCUCAACCUCGCACAGAUGGAGAUUGAGGAUCUUCAGGAACAGCUGAAGAAAGCAAAGGCGUCCAAUAUGGAGAUGAGUGAGGUUGUGCUGGAGUACGAGCGAACACUCAAUCAACUCGUCGCCGAGAAGCAGAACGCCGCGUCAGGCGAUUCGGAGCUGCGCCGGCGCGCGGAAACACUCGAGCAGGACUUGCGGUCCACAGAGACGGCAUUUAGUGAUCUGCACCGGAAAUACGAGAACCAGAAGAAAAUCGCAGACAACUUGCGCGAGAACGAGGAGAAGUUGCGGCAAGCACUCACGGAGGCGCAGGAGGCAUACGCAAACAUUCAGCAGAGCUACGAAACGCUGAAGAAGCACGCAGAGGACCGCAUUCAGGCGGCGAAUGUUGAGAUUGCGCGUGUGCGAGAGGAGAACAAAGGGCAGCUGGCGGCGUCGGCGGCGAAGAUGCGUCGGAUGGAGGUCGAGAUUGGCCAACUGAAGCGACAGCUCGAAGCGAAGGAUGCGGACAACCGCGAGCUCACGAGCAUUUGCGAGGAUCUCGUCAAACAAAUUGAGGGCGCGGCAUGAGGGUGCUGUACUUUGUGUACGUGUGUACUUGUGUGUACGUGUGGCUCGCUCUGUCCUGGUUUGUUUGCACGCUCAUGUGCUGAUGGGAUCCUCUCUCGGUCCCCACAUUGUUGCUGUCGUAUGGUCUCGUCGUGUGGGUCACACGGCUUUGGUGGAGAUGUGGUCCACAAUUGCCUCUGGCAUGGCAACGAAAGUGAUGGUGGCAACGACAAUGCUUAUUCCUGUGCCAUUUUGUUCUUCCAAGUGUUCUCGUGUUUGCUGAAUGUCAUGAUUUGCCUUUGUGCUUCCCAUUGUUUGUUUCUGCACGGGCUCUUGGUCUUGCUUGCUUGUUUGUUUUGUUUGUUUGUUUGUUUGUUUGUUUGUUUGUUUGUUUGUUUGCUUGUGUGUGUGUGUGCGUGCGUGCGUGCGUGUGUGUGU